AAAGACCAUAAUUUGUUAUCCAUCUGUAAUUACUAUUGAAAAGAUGGGGGUGAACUGCCGACUAAGUUCGAAGUUCAAAUCAAAGUCUCAGCAAUGGAGGGAAUUUCAUCUCUGCUUUUUGUAAACACCAGAGUAGAUCACUGGCAACAAAAACACAAUCAUAAAUCAGCAAGCUUUUCUGAUCAAAAUGAACCAUUUUACUCAGAGCAUAAAAUAAAUAGAAUGAAAAAUCAUUGGAACAAUAGAAUUCUUGAAGUUAAGGUGCUAUUUUUCAUAGGGAGCUUAUUUCACUUGGAAGUGUUUGAUCCUGACAUUAAGUAAAGUGGAAGUAUUUUCGCACAUCCAACAUUGAUGUGAUUUUUCUUUGAGAUUUCAAAUGUAAAUUACUGCACUUUGAUCAUAGUGAGAAAACAUGCUGUAGCGUGAAUUUAUUGGAGAAAAGAUUUAUUGUGCUAUUUUAAUAUAUUUUUGUUUUCUUAAAACUCCAGACCUAAUCCCACUGCCAGUGUUCAGGUUCUGCAAGAGGUAUCCAUGUCACGUUACAUCCCACAUCCUUCACUUGUGGUAUCAAUAACUUUGACUUCUGUGAGAACAGAAACCGGCAUCACCUUGAAAAUGCCACAGCAGGCCUGUGCUGCAGAGAGCAUUAUGCUAAAUUUGGCAGGUCAGCUUAUCAUGCUACAAAGGGAUCGAUCAGGUCCUCAGGUACGAGAGAAGGACAGUAUUUCCAAACAUAAGAAGCUGCUCCCAUCCUGUGCACCCAUUGUACUUGCACAGUGUGUUGAAAAUGUGUGGACAACUUGCCGAUCCAACAAACACAAACGUCAUUUGCUCGAAGCGCUCUGGCUCAGUUGUGGAGAAGCAGGAAUGAAAGUUUGGCUCCCUCUUUUUCCUCGAGACAAUCGCAAACCACAUUCCUUCCUAUCCAGGCGGAUUAUGUUGCCAUUCCAAAUCAAUAUCUAUCCCUUGGCUGUUCUAUUUGAAGAUGCCCUAGUCCUUGGCGCAGUGAAUGAAACUGUGCUAUAUGAUAAUUUAUAUGUACAUAACAGUGAAAACGAACCAUUAGAAGUCCUAUUCCCUUUUUGUACUGUUGAGAGGACUUCCCAAAUCUACCUCCACCAUAUUCUUCGCCAGCUCCUCGUCAGGAACCUUGGUGAGCAGGCUCUGCUCUUAGCUCAGUCCUGUGCUACAUUGCCCUAUUUCCCUCAUGUACUGGAACUGAUGCUUCACGAAGUAUUGGAAGAAGAAGCUACCUCCCGGGAACCUAUUCCUGACCCAUUGCUUCCAACUGUGGCAAAGUUCAUUACCGAAUUCCCUCUGUUUCUGCAGACAGUAGUUCAUUGUGCUAGAAAAACUGAAUAUGCCUUGUGGAAUUAUCUGUUUGCUGCUGUAGGCAAUCCUAAAGAUCUGUUUGAGGAAUGUUUACUGGCACAAGAUUUGGACACUGCUGCGUCUUAUCUCAUCAUCCUGCAGAACAUGGAGGUCCCAGCAGUUAGCAGACAGCAUGCAACACUGCUCUUCAACACAGCUCUUGAACAAGGAAAAUGGGAUCUUUGUCGACAUAUGAUCCGUUUCUUGAAAGCCAUUGGCACAGGAGAAUUAGAAACUCCUCCACCCACUCCGACAACUCAGGAACCUAGCUCAACUGGUGGUUUUGAGUUCUUCAAACAUAGGAGCAUUAGUUUUUCACAGUCAACAGAAGGGCUCAGUACUGGUAAAUUUAACCUCCAGAAGACACUAAGCAUGCCUUCAGGGCCCUCGGCCAAAAGGUGGAGUAAAGAUGUUGAUAGCGCUGAGAAUAUGUACAUAGAUGAAAUGCUUUGGCGUCAUGCACGAAGACUUUUGGAGGAGAUGAGAUUGAAAGAUCUGAGCAGUUUUGCGGCACAGCUAGGUUUUGAGCUCAUUGGGUGGCUCUGUAAAGAAAGGACUCGGGCAGCACGAGUUGAAGACUUUGUAAAGGCUUUAAAAAGACUUCAUAAGGACUUCCUUUGGCCGUUUCCUGUUAUUCCUUCCUGCUCCUUUGUAAACUCACCGUUCAAAAAUGGUAAAUACAAAACAGGUAAUAUAAUUAUUAUUUCAGCCUGCAUUUUAGAAAGAUGCUUGUUAUUUUAUGUGUGAAUGAAUCACAGAAUUUUCAGAAUUAUGCAACGUGCAAACACUGAUGUGGUAUCGUCAACUUUUAAAAUGCCAGAGAAGAUUUAAUACCCACAGUGUAAAAUUCUUUGAAGCUGUCAACCAAAUGCAGCUUUUUCCGAGUGAUUUUUCAUAUUUACUAUAGACAUUUAAGUUUGGUGUAGCUUUCAGAAGCCUACUUUAUUUGUGUUCGUGCAAAAUAAAUGAUUGUUUGCGACUUUGCUAUGUUUCCUGCCCCCCUCAUCUGAAGGGAAUGACUCUUGCUAAAAUAAUGUACCAUGAGUGCCUGGAGCCUCUGAUAGCUCAUCCAACAUAUAACCAUAUAACAAUUACAGCACGGAAACAGGCCAUCUCGACCCUUCUAGUCCGUGCCGAACACGUAUUCUCCCUUAGUCCCAUACACCUGCGUUCAGACCAUAACCUUCCAUUCCUUUCCCGUCCAUAUAACUAUCCAAUUUAUUUUUAAAUGUUAAAAACGAACCUGCCUCCACCACCUUCACUGGAAGCUCAUUCCACACAGCCACCACUCUCUGAGUAAAGAAGUUACCCCUAAACUUCUGUCCCUUAAUUCUCAAGUCAUGUCCCCUUGUUUGAAUUUUCCCUACUCUCAGUGGGAAAAGCUUAUCCACGUCAACUCUGUCUAUCCCUCUCAUCAUUUUAAAGACCUCUAUCAAGUCCCCCCUUAAUCUUCUGCGCUCCAAAGAAUAAAGCCCUAAUUUGUUCAACCUUUCUCUGUAGGUAAACCAGAAAUAAACUAUUGAAUGAGGAAAGGUCCUGUGAUCUUCUCCACACUCUGAUCCAAUAAUUCCUGCAAUACAACAGCGUAGCUUUUGAAUGACUGGAGGAAAAGGAAAUCUCCUGUAUGGUGGGAGUGGGGAUGAGUGGGUGCGAUAGUGGGAGAAAUUGGUCCACACUGGGCCAAGGAGGCCCAGGAAAACAAAGGUGGUGAGAAAAGGAUAGCGUGUUACCUAAAAUUGGAGAAUUAAUUGUUCAUACUGCUGGUUUGUAAGCUACCCAAGCAGAUAUGAAGUGCUAUUUCUUCCGUUUGCCUCACUAUGACAAUGGCAAAGGCCCAGGACAGAAAGGUCGAUAUGGAAAUGGGAAGAAGGGUUAAAAUGGUUAGCAACUAGUAGAUCCAGCAAGUGGACCAAGUGCAACUGUUCGGCGAAAUAGUCACUUAGUCCACACUUAGUCCCUGCAGUGCUGGGACCGCAGCUAUUUACAAUAUACAUCAAUGAUUUGGAUGAAGGGAUUCAAAGUAACAUUAGCAAAUUUGCAGAUGACACAAAGCUGGGUGGCAGUGUGAACUGUGAGGAGGAUGCUGUGAGAAUGCAGGGUGACUUGGACAGGUUGGGGGGGGUGGGCAGAUGCAUGGCAGAUGAAGUUUAAUGCGG